AUGUGGAAAUGCAAGAGAAGCAGCGGGCAAAUAGUGUUGCCCAUAUUUGAUGAAGUGGGACCCUUGGAAGUGCAACUUCUUGAAGGGGAAUCUAUAGAAGAAUUCUCUAGACUUGAAGGUCGGGUGGACGAAAUGGAACUAGGGGAAUGGAGAAAAGCGCUCGCCGAAGUGGGUUCCUUGAGAGGAUGGGAAGCAGAGAAAUUUGCCUAUGGGAAGAAAGGAGCAUUGCUUGAACUAGUUGUCGCACGAGUUGUGAGCUUGUUGAAAACAACUUUCAAGCAUCCCAUAGAGUUGGUUGGAAUUGAUGAUUAUGUGAAAUAUAUUAUGAGCUCAAUAGAUCCUAAAUAUAAUGAUACAAGAAUUAUCGGAAUUUGUGGAGUGCGUGGAAGCGGUAAGACAACUCUUGCUAAGGUCCUGUGGAACAAUCUCUCUGGUGAUUUCGAACAUCUUAGCUUUGUACGAAAUAUUCGAGAAGUAUCACUACGCAUGGGUAUUGAGUACUUACAAGACCAGCUCAUUUGUGAUAUACUAAGAAGUCCACAUAUAGUGUCUAAUGUCGACAAGGGAAUCGGCAUUACUAAAUCUCAAUUUUCAAGUAAGAAAGUCCUCGUUAUUCUUGAUGACAUGGAUGAUGAUAUUCACUUAAAUGCCUUGGUCGGAGAUGGUAAUUAG